GCCCGCUGAACUCCUCUGAUGGGACUGUCAGUUCAGAGAGGGCUGAGAAGAUGAUGAUGCAGUGGCUCAAUGCAUUAUUUUUCAUCUGGAUUCACUGUCAUAUGUGCAGGACAGAGUUUGAGCUGAUUUUACUCCACACUAAUGAUGUUCACGCGCGAGUGGAGGAGACCAAUAAGGACUCAGGCAAAUGCUCUAAACCGCCUUGCUUCGCUGGAGUCGCGCGGAGGUUUACGAAAAUCAAAGAAGUUCGUAGCAAGGAGAAAAAUGUUCUCCUGCUGGACGCGGGCGAUCAGUUUCAGGGGACCGUCUGGUUUAACUUCUACAAAGGCGCAGAAGCGGCGCAUUUCAUGAAUAAACUCGGAUAUGAUGCGAUGGCCAUAGGAAAUCAUGAGUUUGACAAUGGAGUGGAUGGCCUCUUAAAACCUUUCCUUCAGGAAGUGAACUGCACUGUUCUUAGUGCAAAUAUUAAAGCCGAUCAAACGAUUGCUCCUCGGAUCAGCGGAUACUAUCUCCCAUAUAAGAUCUUCACUGUUAACUCAGAGAAAGUGGGUGUUGUUGGUUACACGUCAGUGGAGACCCCUGCUUUGUCUCUACCAGGCCCCCAUCUCCAGUUUGAGGAUGAGGUUGCUGCUUUACAGUCUCAAGUGGAUAAACUCAUCACUUUGGGUGUUAAUAAGAUCAUUGCCCUUGGACAUUCUGGGUUCAAAGUGGACCAAAAUAUAGCAAAGAAAGUUCGAGGAGUGGAUGUUGUGAUUGGAGGGCACACCAAUACAUUCCUAUACACAGGAACUCCACCAUCCACAGAAGUUCCUGCAGGACCAUAUCCAUUCAUGGUCCAAUCAGAUGAUGGGCGCCAGGUUCCUGUGGUCCAGGCCUAUGCCUUUGGAAAGUAUCUGGGAUACCUAAAAGUGACUUUUGAUUCAAAUGGAAAUGUGGUGAAGUCUUCAGGCAAUCCAAUUCUUCUGGAUAACUCAACAGCACCAGAUCCAGUCAUUCAGGCUGAAGUGGACGCUUGGAGGAAGAAUCUGGCCAAUUACUCUGCUCAGCAUGUGGGACAGACUCUAGUCUAUCUCAAUGGAACCUUUGAGGAAUGUCGAUUUCGUGAAUGUAAUUUGGGAAAUUUGAUCUGUGAUGCCAUGGUCCAUAAUAAUAUUAAAUAUGCUGAUGAAAUCCAGUGGAACCAUGUCAGCUCUUGUAUUCUGAAUGGUGGAGCCAUUCGAUCACCUAUUGAUGAGCGAAACAGAAAUGGCUCCAUCACAAUGGAGGAUCUGAUCGCUGUGUUGCCAUUUGGAGGUACAUUUGACCUGGUCCAAAUAAAUGGAUCUACUCUGCGAGAGAUCUUUGAGCACUCCGUUCGCAGAUACGGAGGAAGCACUGGUGAAUUCCUACAGGUGUCAGGUAUUCUGGUGGUAUAUGAUUUAUCAAAAUCACCCGGAAACCGUGUUAAAAGUGUGAAUAUGCUCUGCACUGAGUGUCGAGUGCCCCGCUAUGAACCGCUCAACCCAAAGAAGGUGUAUAAAGUGGUGCUGCCCUCUUACCUAGUUGACGGAGGAGAUGGAUACUCUAUGAUCAAAGAACAGAAACUCAAACAUGACAGCGGUGACCUAGAUAUAGCAGUUGUUGCCAGCUACAUCUCGGAGAGAAAGAGAGUUCAUCCAGCUGUGGAAGGACGUAUUCAAUUCACAAGUUCUUGUAUUAGACAUCGAGGAUAUAUGUCCAUUAUUCUGCUGGUGUGGGUACUCUGGGUCAUGUUUGUUUAGUCAUUUAUUAUGUACUUGUGAAAAAACAUGUAGCCAUUUGUUUGCAAUUGUACAGUCAGAGAGAAAAUAGAAACCUUUAAUCCAAAGAUUAGUUACUGGAAAUGAAGCAAACAGAUUAAGUGGCAACACUGCGAUGUACAGUAGUAAGGAUCAAAGAAAGUCAGUCAUCUUGUUACACGUUCUAAUUCUAUAGGGAUCUUCUUUACAGGCACUUUCUAUUACCUCUUUAAAAUUCAUAGAAUACAUAGAGGGUAUACUAUGCUGAAUCUCACAAAGAGAUGUCCAGAUCAUAUUUCACUCCAAAAUUGUUUUUGCUUAAAAAGACUAUUUUUAGGCCCAUUAAGAUAUUUUGAUAAUAUUUCAUGAUUAAACUCAAAUUCUCAUGACUGCAAUGUGAAAAUGAAAGAAGGAGAAUUUACAUUAUGCAUCAUGGUAGUAUGAUUUAAUUCAUGUUGGCUUUUAUUGUUUUGUAUUACAGUAAUAAAAGACAUUUUCUUUAUUCAAAAUA